AUGCUUCUCCCUAUUUUUGUCCUUACUGCUUUGGUCCUGGCCCGAGUUUCAGUCUUUGUGAAGACAUCCAAGUACAUGGACUACAGCCGGACUUCUUGCGAUUUCGGGAUGCCUUCGAUCAGGAGCCCAGAUCCAGUGGCGCAGCUCUCGAACCUUGACAGCCUGUUCAGGUAUGAGAAGCCACUCACCGACUUGGAACGCUUUCCACGGACAACGCGCUCGGUUCGAUGGGAUGACCACGAAGUCACUUCUGGUGGAUGCGAGUUCUCCAUCGCGUCUCACCUCAUGUCGCCCUCUUCGGCCUUGCCACACACGUCCUGUGAGGAAGCCCAAGCCUUCUCUCGAUGUCGCCCAACAGCCCUCUCCGUCUCAUCUGAAAAACAUCGGACGUCAGUCCUGAUCGAGUAUGAUGUUGGUGGAGGCCGUUUGCUCCACGAGCGCUAUGUCCUGGAGCACUACCAGAACGACACCUAUGCAAUAGUGACGCCAGACCGUGAUGUCUAUCUGGAGGAUUUGACAGCUGGAUUUCCAUCUGGUGAGUUGAAGUGGUUGGCAGCUGAGUGUUUGGGGGGCUAUUGUUAUGGGCAAGAGGUUGCAGCGGUGACACAACCAUUGGUCAAGGGCAGCAAGCAUGUUCAAGACCUCCCUGGAGGGCUGCGCAUUUUUGUUGAGUGUGUGGCGGGGGAGGACUACUUUGCUUUCCGUCAGAGGCCAUCGUUGAACGACCACCGAAUCCUUCCCAUACAGUUGAACCCAAUGGGAACUCCAGAGAGAAGCCUUCAAGACGUGGCCCAGCUCUGCAAGGAGUCCAAGGUGAAAUGGUCCCUCACGGGACCGAGGAUUGCUCGUUGGUGUGUGGCCUACCUGGCAGUCGAAAACUUAGGCUUCGAGGGCCACCACGAAAGACUGAGGACGGUCACCAAGGCGGAUGCUAGCAGUUGGGGCAUUCAAGAGCACUUCCAAGUUUCCAUGGCCGUCAGACAGGCCUUGUUGGUCGACCAGUUGGACGCCUUCAAUUUGUUGAGCAUUGAGGUACAAUUCAGGCGGCUACAAACCAUCGAGUUCUCCUACUCCGAGAAAGCACGUGAACUGGAGGCCAAAUCUGUGGGCGGGAGGCUCUCCCUCGAAGAGCAAACGACGUUUGGCGGGGUGACUCGCCAAUUCUCCACCCUGAUGAUUUGUCCAGAGUUGUUGACCCACGUCAAAGAAGAAACAGAACGGGAGGCAUCGUUGGCCAAGAAUUUGAGGAAGGCUCGGCGGCAAGCAGUCGGAGAACCCUUGAACUACAAGAUGCAGGCUGGUGAAGGUCCUAGCUGGCCUGUUGAGCAAUCAGGACUUGACCACACCCGGAAGACAGACAGAGAUAUUUUUCCUUUACCUCAUGUACAGCAUACAUUGCCACCCUUGGGACUUUUCUCGCGGAAGAGCCGUCAGAGGAUCGGCCGGAGGAGGCAUUUUGAGGAGGAGGUUGAGCACACGGUCCAAUCGCUCAAUGCGAUGUACGGCCGGCCUGACAAGGGUUUGCGAGGCGGAGUUCAUCUUCCACAGCAGGCCCCUAGCCGGGCUCAGACACGUUUUCUUGAAUUCAUUGAGCAAGCAAACAGGAGGGUUGGGGCUCCCCCUGACCUCUCCGGCCCAGAGGCCCUUGAGGAGCUUCGGGUUCAAGAGGGGUAUGCCGAAUUGCCUACGGCAUCGCCACUCGGGUCCUUCGAUCCCGAACUUGUUUCAUUGCCGGCGGGAGACAAACAGCCAGUGCCACUCGCUACGUUGUGGGGCAAGGACGGGCAACAAGAGGUGGAGGAUUUCACUCGCACUCAGACGCUUGGGGCUGCAGAGGCUCAUAGAAGGCUGGAGGCGAGUGGUGUCGUGAAAUGUUAUGAGGAUCCACAACUCAGAGACCCCGUCAAGUACAGAUCGUUUAUACAGACAUUGCAUCGUUUGAACCUGGUUUCAUUUCAGCGUGAAGCCCCAGUGGAGAGAGAGCCGGAGGGAAUCCACCUGGCCACAGGUGAUAGCAUUGGUCGGUUGGAGUUGUCCGAGGAGGCACCCCUUUAUGUUUGUUCAGCAGACCUGCAAAAUGCUUUCUACACUAUGGCAAUGCCGGAAGCGCGAGUCACGGCAGAGAGCAUGGGCCUGACAACGUUGGGGGGCAGCCCACUUCGUCCGGGUGACUGGAUAUACCCUGUGGUGUCUGUCAUUCCUAUGGGAUGGACGCAUGCCAUGGUGUGGUGCCAGCGGAUCAAUGAGAGGAUCUGUGAAGAAGCAGGGCUGACGAACUCAGAGCGGCUCAGAGAUGGCAGCAGUGUUCCCUCCGGUGAUUUUUGGCACAUUCAAUAUGUUGACAAUCUCCAUGUUUUUGGUACAAACAAAGCAAUUGUCGAGGAGCGUUUCUGGCGGGCAGUUGAGGCCCUUCGGGGCCGUGGGCUCACAGUGCACGAGGUAGAGGUGAAUGAAGGGGAAUGUCAGGUGCUGAGCUGGGCAGUCGAUCGGGCUGGACUCUUCGGCCCGACCCUCAAAAGACUAUGGAGGGCUAGGCUGGCUGUCCGUGAGAUCUUGAGGAGAAAUGCUGCAAGUGGCCAACAGUUAGAGAGGCUGCUCGGGCACAUCACCUUCAUCUCCCUGUGCCGCAGGGAGGCUCUAUCAGUGCUGGGUGAGACCUACACUUUCACCCGGAAGAACUACACCAGAGUUGCGCCUUUGUGGAAAAGUGUGAGGAAAGAGCUGAGCACAUGGGACGGGAUCUCACCCCUGAUUUUUGUCAACCUGCGUGCACCAUGGUCCACCACCUUGUACUCCGUUGACGCCUCGGACUGGGGAAUGGGAGUCACCACUUCAAACAUCACCCGUGACGAAGCUUCGAUGUUGGGGAAGUACACAGAGAGGCAGUUGGCGCUACAGCGGAAGGAAGAGAGCAGGCUGUUGGUUUUGAGUUUGUUGACAGAUCAUGGAAACUGGUUGGUAGGCUCCUUCAGGCAGAUGAUACACCGCCAACUGGGAGUACAGGCCACAUGGGACAGACCCUCAAAGAAAAGCCGCUGCUCAAAACCGAAGAGCAGUGGGGUCUCCACGCCCACGGGACCGAUACCACCCAUGGCCCCGUUGACAUGGGACAUAGAGAUGAGCACCGCAAGUGGCGGGGCAAAAAGGAAAGAGAGGGCGGCAAGAAGAGCAAGAGCAAAGCAGGCGGAUCCACAGCACACUCUCCGGAACAAUGCAGUGGGGCCCCGGACUUUGCAGCAGUACAACAAGCAUUGGAAAGAUUUUGUCGAGUGGACAGGCUGUCUGGUGAGCGAGGCUGCGAGUCUCCCAACGAUAGACAACCACCUUGCCGACUAUCUGGAGAUGCUUUACCACAAAGGAGAAGAUCUGAGCCAAGCAAACUAUGCCACGGCUGCAGUGAUGUUCAAGGUCCCAGGCACAAAGGGCCUACACCAGCUGCCGAAGUCACAGCAGGCGAUGAAGGGCUGGAGGCGAUUGUGUCCGGCUCGGAGUCGCUUGCCAGUUCCAUACGAGGUGGUUUGUUUGCUCAGUCAAGUGGCCUUAAAGAGCGGGAAGGUGGAGCUGGCCAUUGCCCUCCAACUGGUGUUCCUACUCUACCUGAGGCCAUCCGAGAUCACAACACUGAGGGUGCAAGACAUAGUGCCCCCAGUGAAGACCAGGGGCCGGCGCUACCCCCACUAUGCCGUGCUGCUACACCCCACCGAAGCGGGGAUUCCUUCAAAGACAAAGCAAUGGGACGAGAUGUUGACAUUGGACCUCCCACAUCAACAGUUUGUGGGCCCGACAUUGUUCAAGAUCCUGAACCUGGCAAGCCGACCAAAGGACGACCCGGCUUUCAGUGUCACUCUGGAGGAGAUCAACGACUUCAUGGGUCAGCAAUGGAAGGCACAGCGGCUCACCAGCCUCGGCCCUCCUCACCUUUACCGUUUGAGGCACGGGGGGGCGAGUUUCGAGGCGGCUGGCAAGCACCGCGACAUGGUGGGAAUCCAAGCCAGGGGCCUUUGGCAGACAGUAAAGUCGGUCAAGAACUACGAAAAGGGCGGCCGGUUGCAGCAACUUUUCGCCGCCCUCCCAAAGGCAGUUCAGAAGCGCUGCACCGAGGCUUUCCGCGACAUGGCCAAAAGCCUAAAACCUCACGAUGCGCUCAAGGUCAAGCUUGGCAAUGUGCUGCUCUUUUUCUCCUGCCGUGUUUUGUUGAUGGCACUCCACUAUGGGAUUGCAAUGACGCUGGAAAACCCCCGGAGAUCGCAGGACGAUUUCUUCGACGACUGGGAUGCGCAGGACCAGCGCAGUCAUGCCUCAUCCAGUUUGCAGAUCUUUUCCAAAGCAAAGGCUACAGCAAAACCGGUGCAGCCGGUGCCUGUGCCAAUUUGUGCAGCACAGCCGCCUGUGGUGAGGUUGGAAAACGACGACGACCAGAGUCAGUUUUACUGCCAUAUUGUGGCUUUCACAGUGCACAAGUUCACCUUCCACAGUUUCACUGCCAUAAAGCCUUUGUGGCAGCGAGGCUGGCCACAAAAUGGCUGUGAAGCUGUGGAAGGCAGUGACUUUGCUUCUUUGACUGCACUCCCGGCCGCCGCAGCUGCUCCACCUCCUGCCACUCGGGCGGCAGAGCCCACCCCACCAACUGAGCCUGGUGCUGCGGCAGCACCAGCUGGACCAGCUCCACCCGCCAAUGCCAGUGGUGACGGUGUGCCUGCUAGCAGUGGAGUCCAUCCCUUGGCUCGGCGCAAUGACGCUUUGCAAAGCUUUAUCGAUUUGCGGCUCAAGCGCUUGGGCGAGCUGACAGUGGGCAACAUAGAGCACGAGACGUUUUCUCUGUUGGUGAACAAAUUCAUUGCAGCAUGCAAUGUGAAUCAGAACGGCAGCUUCCUUGUCAGCGAUGUUGGCUGGAUCAGUGUGCAAGGAUUGGAGCCCCAUGGCAUCAGAAUCUGGGUUCUCUGGAAACGUCUUUUGGGGGAUUUGGGCUACCACAUGGAGCAUGAAACGUUGGACCCUCGAGAUUUUGGAAUGCCACUUCGGCGGCCUCGCGCCUGGGACUGUAUCAUGAGGGCAGAUAUGAAGCUUGAAGCAACCUCCUCGGAGUUCACCCAGAAUGACGGUACCGAUGGACUGCACCUGCAGCACCUGUACGAGAGCAUCACUGCAACUGGGUUCCAAACCUGCCCAGCAGCCGAGCGACCUGUUCCGAUCGCUGCUGGAGCGACCAACCAGGUGGAUCCGUUCAUGCUCGCUGUUGACGCAGUUUUGGGCCAGUUGGCCCAUGGCUCAUCCUAUGACGGCGUCCCGGAAUUCUGGCUGGUUAACUUCCUGCUGGUGCAGGACCUUUCAUCCAACCGCCUGAUUCUGGCAACGCACAGCUCACUGCAGCUGGCCUCGGAGCAGGUGUGCUGCCUCUUUGAAGAUCAUGUCCGGCUUCACCGACACGGACCUAAGGCACACUGCCACCCAUGGCAUGGCUAG